AUGAUUGGGCCGGACGAAUUUGAAGAGCUGACGCGAAGCGAUGAACCCGAACCGGAACCGCCGAAGCCGAAGCCGAUAGUCGUGCGAGGUAGUGGCAGCAGCGGCGGAGGCGGCGGCAGUGAUUCCGACAAAACCGAAUCGCCGAAGACCGACGAGACGACGACGAUCGAGCCGUCGACGGAAACCACUGAUGGCGAGAAGACAACGGAAUCUGAUGAUGAGAAGAGCGAGGUAGAAGCAAAAUCAAAACAAGAGAAAUCGGAACAAUCUGAUGAAUCGGAGGAGAUUGACGAUGAGGAAUAUUCGAGCAGCACCAGCAGCAGCAGCAGUAGCGAGGAUGACGGACGGCCGAAGAAGCCGAAAGUGGCGACACUCAAGUUCCACUCGUUCGAGGCGUGUCCGGUGUGUAGGCAGUCAGACCACUUUGACAUUGUCGAAGAGCAAUUCGUUACUAUUCGAAAGGAGAACGCCGAGUUUCCGCUGGUUUUCAAAUUUACAGAUGCUCGAAUUCCGAGAGAAUCAGUUUUUAAGUCGCUCGCUCCAAACCGAACGUGCAAUAUCUCGAUUGCUCAAGGAUUUUGCGGCGAAUCGUCGGCGAUGCGAAACGCUUACAAAUCUGGCGAUGUUGUGAAAGUGUCGUAUGAGGCCGAGGAGAAUAUAUCGCUUGACAAUUUGUCGCUGACAUUCCGUGAGCUUUAUAUGAGUCGAGCCGACAUGUGGAAGUAUCGAAAUCGUCUGAUUGGACAGUGCGCUUAUAAAGACAAACAGAUACGAUAUUACAAUGUGAACACGACCAUUUCGGACAUGUGGAUGAAAGGGGAGAUUGUUCGCAGCGGAUUCGUGGCGUCGAAGACGAGAGUCGUUUUUCGGUCGAGCUCAAGCACCGUGCUUAUAUAUAUUCAAAUGUGCUCCGAAAUGUAUUCGCUCGAUCCGCAAGGUGAUGUCUACGUCGAGAAAUGCAUGAAAGGCUUCAUGCCGGAAUUGUUCGAACGCUGGAAGAACAACAAAUGCUCGCACUAUGUGUCAAUCAUUCUGUGCUCAAGAUUCUAUGUGACCAAUGAUAUUGAUGAUAGUACGAAGUAUGCGAUGAAAGGAUCUUGCGAUCACCGAGGAAGAUAUUACCAGGAUUUCUAUCGUCUUUUGGUCCAGAACGAGCAUUAUGAUGAUUGGACACAUGUGUUGAGAAUCAUUAAAAUUGGAAUCAAUUAUUAUAUUGACACGAUUUUGAGAUUUCUUCGUGAUCGAUUCCCAAAGGCUCGGUUUGAUCUGUCGACGGCGGCUGAUGGCAACUUUUUGCAAGUGAUCAAUUUGAGUAUGAACUCGUUUAGUUUGUACCAUACCGAUCGGCGAUUUGAAACUACUGGGCAACAGAUAAUCUUUGUGACGCCUGGAAACGGUGUGGUUCACGUCGAUCGCGAUCUUGUCGGUUUGACGAAGCAACGCGUCAUCGAUAUGGGAAUCUCACUGGAUAUGGUUUGUCUCGGUGAGCAGCCGCUUCACGCGGUCCCGUUAUUCGUGUUCCAUCCGAUUGUUGGACAUUACGGCAAAACGUGCGAGUACUUCAUUCCGCACUGGAUGAACUAUUCGUACUACAAAAUGCAGAAGCGGAGCGCGAUUUCGGUCAAAUUCGAGCCCAGAAUCCAACUGCCCAAGGAGUUAUUGGUAUGA